UCCUAAAAAUUAUUCAUUCUUUUCAGAAUAUUCCUUUACAGUAGUAUCCUUAUUUGAGUGAUUGAUUUAAGAGCAUUGCUCCUUAUCUCAUUAUGUCUGAUCAAUUGGUUCUUGUGACUGGGGCAAGUGGCUACAUUGCCUGCCAUGUGGUAAAGCUGCUGCAGGAGACAGGCUAUCGCGUCAGAGGCACAUUCGUACGUAGUCUGAAGAACUCAUCUCGUGUUGACCCUCUCAAAAAGCUGGUUUCUAACCCCAAGCACCCUUUGGAAUUAACAGAAGCAGAUUUGGAGAGUGAUGAUGGCUGGGAUAAAGCCAUGGAAGGUGUGUAUGCAGUGAUGCACACUGCCAGUCCAUUCCCUCCAGUGGGGGAGUCACCAUCCGAGCAGAGUCUAGUCAAACCAGCAGUUGAAGGAACUAAGCGUGUUCUGAGUGCCGCAGCUAAAGCUGGCAUCAAGAAAGUUGUCGUAACGUCUUCAUUUGCUGCAGUAUCUGCGGACCCUGCUCCUGCUGACCCAAGUAAGAAGUUUGAUGAAGAAGACUGGACUGACACCAGCAACCCAGCAGUCACAUCUUAUUCCAAGUCUAAAACUCUUGCUGAAAGAGCAGCUUGGGACUUGCUUGAGUCAUUACCAGAGGAUCAGCGGUUUGAACUGUCGACGGUGAACCCUGUGCUGGUGAUGGGCCCGCCUCUCGUGGAGUCUAACAAGUCUGCUACAUCAGUGAUCAUCCUGAGGGACGCCAUCAUGGCCAAGGUGCCUGGCUCUCCCAAACUGUGCUUCCCAAUCUGUGAUGUGAGGGACGUCGCUCUAGCGCAUCUCAAGUGCUUGACAAACCCCGAAGCAGUUGGCAAACGUCACAUCAUUUCUUCUGGAGGAAUCUGGAUGAAAGAUAUGAACCAAAUACUUGCGGACGAGUUCAAACCUCAGAACUACAAAGUUUGUACCAGAGAACUGCCAAACUUUGCCAUCUGGCUCGCCUCGAUUUUCAACGAGAGUGUCAGGAAGGAAGUCUACCCACGCCUUGGCUCUUUGUUUGAGAUCAACAACUCCAGGAUGAAGAACGUGCUGGGCAUCGAACCCACGUCCCAGAAAGACUCUAUCCUUGACAUGGCCUACGCUAUGAUCGAGCUCGGCAUCGUGGCAAAAACCAGCGCUUACAAAGGCCCAAAGUUCAGCGAGAAGCAAUCAUCAGGAUCUGCAGGAAGCGCAGAUGUCAUGGCUGUCACAGACUUGUGAAGGUUUUCAUAAGGUGCGCUAUCGG